AUGUCCCCAGGCCUUUCUCACUCCGCUGCUAAUGCAACGACACAAAAGUCUGCAACAUCCACAACAUAUCAAACAGGCGUAGAUUCCGCAAGACAGAAGAAAGCAGAUCAUUCGAAAGCGACAAAAAAGAUACGACUUUCGAAUGGUGGACGUACGCUUGAAGAGGGAAUCAAGGGGAUGAAAAACGGGACAGACAUGGUUGUUCUUUAUAAGCCAGCUAAGUAG